AUGGAAUCAGCCGAAGUAAUCCACUCGGCAACUCUUGGACAGCGCAUCUCCGUCGCAGCCAUGAGUAUCUCGCCUCCCCCCACUCCACCACCGAGAGCCUUAACAAAUGACGAGCGGAGAUUCAAAACUAUUACAUUACCCUGUGAGUGGGUGGAGGAUUACCGUCCAGGCGGUUACCAUCCCGUCGUCCUCGGCGACAUCUUCAACAACGGUCAGUACAGGGUCAUCCGGAAGCUCGGUGAGGGCUCCUACUCAACUGUUUGGCUUGCCCGUGACCUGAAAAACAGUGGAUAUGUCGCCCUGAAGAUUCUUGUGUCGGAAAUCUCGGGAUUGACAACUGAGCUACGAAUUUUACGCCACAUCACCGAAGCCGCACCGGCAGAAGCGGCCCGGCAUGUCACACAACUGCUAGGCGAGUUCGAACACCGCGGUCCCAAUGGCGUCCACAGGUGCCUGGUAUUUGAGCCCAUGGGUCCGAGUGUGAAUACCAUGGUCGAGGAGUUGCCGCAGUUUAAGCCUCGCAGACGAGGAAUGAAGAUCCGCUAUCCGCUUCGGAUGGCAAAGAGCGUCCUCAAGCAAUCCUUGCAGGCUCUUGCAUUUCUCCACGAAAAUGGUAUCGCCCAUGGAGAUUUCCAGCCGGGAAACAUACUGUUCACUCUUAACGAUGUCGACUCGACGCUGGAGGACGUGCUCCGGCAGGAGGAAGAAGUACAAGCCCGGUCGAUCUCCCCCCUGGUACAGAGGCUAGACGGUAAAGAAGAUAAAUGGGCUCCUCGAUAUCUUUGUGUUGCGCAGCCGCUGGUGCCCUUUACAAGCUACGCCAAAGGUUUCAAGGUCAAAUUAUCUGAUAUGGGUGGCGCAUAUUUCUUUACAGACCCACCAACAAAGCCUGUUACUCCACUCGGUCUUCGAGCUCCCGAAUUAAUUCUUACCGGAGCCGUUGACAAUACUGUUGAUGUCUGGAGUUUCGAGCCGGAUCUUGAUGAGGAGGAAGCCCGCAAAGUGAAGGCGCUCAUUCGAUGGAUUUUGCAAUAUGAUCCCGCGAAGAGGCCUUCGCCUGCGAAGAUCUUGUCUAAUCCAUAG